AUGUGCGCCGUCCGGCAUGUAUAUGUGCCGUCCGGCCGGCAUGUACGUGCGCUGUCCGGCAUGUGUGCGCCGCCCCUCAUGUAUGUUUGCUGCCGCCUGGCAUGUAUGUGUGCUGCUGCCUGGCAUGUGUGUGUGCUGCCCGGCAUGUAUGUGCGCUACCAAGCAUCCACGGUCUUGAUGGAGAAUGCCUUGACAGGGUCACUGCCCAGCAGCAUGGGGCGCCUCACCAACCUCAACAACUUUCUGCUGGACAACAACUUGUUUUCGGGGUCGCUGGGGCCCCUUGCUGCUCUCUCUUCCCUCACCACCAUUGACGUGUCAGUGAACGACCUCACAGGGCCUCUGCCCUCUGGUCUCAAGUUCAAAGAAGAUUAUGGCAGCCCAAUAUUCAACGCGUCCUUCAACCACCUCUCGGGGGAAAUCCCCUUUGAAUUCAUCGUCAACUUCUACAUCCUCAAUUUCUCGCACAACAAAUUCUCAGGAACGCUCGACCCCUCCCUCUCCACCCUCACCUACCUCCGCCAGCUGUGCGCUGCCCUGCCUGCCCGCAACCUCCUCACGGGGUCCGUUCCAGCCUUCAUUUCGCAACUCAACUCACUCACUCUGCUGUAUGCGCUUGCUUUGCUUUGCUUUGUGCGCAUGAUUUUCCAUGUGCCCUCGCUCUGCUGUCCACUAUUCAGUUUCACACUCCUUGCCGCUCCCCUUUUCCACAAUUGCCUCUCUCCUCGCGUGCACGCCUCUCCCUGCCCUCACUCCACUCCUCACCUCCGCACCUCUCCCUGCCCACAUUCCACUCCGCACCACCGCAUUCCACCCCUCUCCCUUUCCCUGUGGCCGCCCUCCCCACGUGCAGCGACCUCUCUUCGAACAAGUUCACUGGCACCGUGCCACCCGCUAUCAGCAACCCCUAUAGCCUCGCUAGCAUGCAUGACCCACCUGUAUGGCAUGACCCACCUGUAUGGCAUGACCCACCUGUAUGGCAUGACCCACCUGUAUGGCAUGACCCACCUGUAUGGCAUGACCCACCUGUAUGGCAUGACCCACCUGUAUGGCAUGACCCACCUGUAUGGCAUGACCCACCUGUAUGGCAUGACCCACCUGUAUGGCAUGACCCACCUGUAUGGCAUGACCCACCUGGAUGGCAUGACUCACCUGGACAUGGCCAUCAACCUGUUCUCCGCCUCACUGCCUCCCUCCAUCUUCAACCUGCGAAACCUCUCCCACCUGUCAGUCAACUUCCCUAUCUAUACUACCACCCAUCAGGUCGCUGGAGAGCCCCCAUAUCAAUCUCAAGCGUCUGGCCCUGCUGUGAGUGCCUGCCUGGGAGUGCCACCACACCUCAUGCCGGCGGUGCACCACAACCAGCUGUCAGGCCCCAUCCCCGAGUACCUCUGCCAAUCCGUGCUGCAGAUCAUGCUCCUAGGCAGCAACGCCUUUUCGGGGGCCCUCCCUCAGUGCCUGCCCUUCGUCUCCUCCGUCCAACUCAUUGACGUCAGCAAUAAUCUCCUCUUCAUGGACGCCGCAUCCUUCCAAAACAUGCCGCCCAUCAGCCUGGACCUCAGCGGAAACUACCUCUACGGCUCCUUCUCCCCCUCCCCAAACAUCACCCUCUCCUCCUCCUCCCCAACCCCACCCUUCCCCUCUCUCGUCCUCCCAGCGACCCCCCAACCCCAGUCCCUCCCGCCCUGGGCAGUCCAGGAUGCAUCGAGCUCUCAGUGGGUGUGGGUAUGGCAGGGGGAGCAGCAGGGGGGAACUGGAGCAGGAGGGGAGGGCGGGGGAAAUGGCAGCGCAGUGGCAUGGCUGGCUGUGGAUGGGAACUGUCUGGGGAGUGAGGGGGUGGGGCAGCAGCGGGGGGCGGCAGAGUGCACGGCAGUGUGUGGAAUAGAGUCAGGGCAGGGCCCAUGUGGGGGUGUGGGUGCGGGACAGUGUGUGGUGGAGAGCGGUUGGCCGCCGUCUCUCUCGUGCUCCUGUGCCAGUGGCUACGUUGCUGUCACUGCUGCCGGCACUGCCAACACCACCACUUGCCAGCUGCCACCCCCGUCCCCACCCGGUAUGCUCGGUCAGUGGCUUGGGUUGCUGCCCUGCUCCCCUUCCACCGUGUACCCAACCCUCUUUGCUGCUUUCUUUAGCUUCACUACCACUCCCUUCCAUCUCUCUUUGCUUCUUCAGCUUUCCCCCCCUUUCCCCCUUCGUCCCCCCCCUUUCCUCCCCUCGCCCCCCUCCCUUCCCCCCCUCUUCCCCCCCUUUCCCCCCUUCAUCCCUCCCCUUUCCCCACCUCGUCCCCCACCUUUCCCCCCUCGUCUCUCCUCCUUCCUCCCCUCCUCUCCCCCUUUCCCCUCUCGUUUCCCCCCCUGUUCCCCCCAUCACCAUGCCAUGAGGGUUCUGUUACCCAAAUCUUAUCACUCUUUUCCGUGCUGCCACAGCUCCGCUAAUCACCAAUCCUUUUCCCUGAACCUCCCAUCCUUGGCAGUGGCCUCUCUAUCUACGGGCGCCAUAGUGGGCAUUGCGGUGGGCUGCUUUGCUGGCUUCACGCUGCUGGCAGCGGUGCUCGCAUGGCUGCUGUGGCCCCGGGGACCAAAGAAGUGGGAGGGGUUGGAUGUGUGUGAGCAGUUCUCGCUGCAGCAGAUGCUCAGGGCCACCAACAACUGGUCGGAAGACAAUGUGCUGGGCAAGGGUGGCUUUGGCAUUGUCUACAAAGGCCGCUCGCCACAUGGCCAGCUGUGGGCCAUCAAGCGCUCCACCAUCAUGACCAACGACUUUGAAACAGAGGUGCGAGCCAUGGCGUCACUGCACCACGUGCAUCUCGUGCGCCUGCUGGGCUUUUGCCUGGACCAGAACGUGGAGACGGGCAGGCAGGAGCAGAUCCUCGUGUACGAGUUCAUCGGCAACAGGGAUCUCCAGUACCAUAUUCAUGCCACCAAGCACUCAUUCUGGGCAUCACAGCCUUUCCUUGCUGUCAUGCUGCCUUGCACCACCUUUCCUGCUUAUCAUGCUGUUUUUCACCGCCUCUCCCAUGCAUCGUUCUUUCCUUUUGUGGAUGCCCUCCAGGCAAUGAAGAGGGUGGAGGCGUAUAAUCUAGAGGAGCUGAGGGACAGCAAGAUGCCAGUGAUCACUGAGGAGGCGAUAGUGGACUUUGCAGACCUGGCUCUGGACUGCAUCAAGUCUCCUGGCACACGGCGACCCACCAUGAAGGAUGUGGCAUACCGCCUCAAUGCCCUCAUUGAAAAGCAUUGCCCCGACAAGGAGGAUGAGUGGGAAAGUGUCGCGAGAGAAGAGAGUGCAAGCAACAAGGGUGUGUCUUCCAGGGAUGUUACUGCUGUGUCGCUUGGAAAUGGUGGGAUGGAACCUGAGGGGUCUGAUGGCUCACAGUCUGGUGUGAGCUCAUUUAUGCGCGUUAGCUCGAUAGGUGAUGGCCUCAGGAGUUGGCUGCAACUGAAGCCAACCAGAGGGCGCUGA